ACAUACACGAGGGUAUAAUUGUUUUCUUACUGAAUGGACGAAAUUAUCGGGUGUCUUCAGAAAAUCAUCUUCUCUGUCAUCUUUGCUGUCGUUUUCAAUGGAGAACAUUCUUUAAAUUUUCCUCAUAUUUCACAGAGUUUCAUGGACGUUUAUUUCCGGUGAAAAUAUUGAUAACAGCGAUUGAAAAUUCUUUUGCCUGCGAGAGACAAUUAUCAAAGGUAUCCUACUUCUAUAUUAAGAAAUCAAUAUUCUUUUUCGGGUGUUUGAUAAACCACGGGACAAGACGAAGCAUGCAACAUUUUAGGGCAUCAUAAAUGUUAAUAUCGGACGACCAAGGUGUCAUUCUACUAAGUGCUAUACACUAUCUGAAACACACAUGUGAGGACUCCACGUGUUAGUACUGGGUAUCAGAAUAUUUGGUCGGUUCUGGGCUACAGGUCGCCCAUGAUUGUGAAAAAUAAACGGCGAAUUCCAUUUUAUUUUCGCAUGGGCUUCGGCAUCAGUAAACAGGUGACGAUUAACGAACGUCAGAAAGAAAGAUACAGAUCUUCGGCUAUCGUAUUCAGUCGUGUGGAUGCUGAGGGUGUCCUGAAGUUUGAGUUGGUGGGGACGUAUUUACUGUAUCGGGACUAUGAGAGCGACCAUUUGUAUUUAUCCGUGAGAUCCAGUGACAUGGUGGAACAUCACAGGAUAAACUUUGAGGAUAAUUUGUAUUACAUGGAUAACCAGCCUUAUCCAUAUCUAGAUUCCAUCAUUCUUUAUCACCAACGACACAAACUGAACGGAACCAAACUCACUCAUCAUGCCCCUCUCAGUGCUCGCACUGUGAAGGCGUUUACAACAAAGGUUAUGCGUCACAAUGGAAAUCUGUCACAAAUGGAAAAUGACCCAAAUGUCCACAAUAUCCAUGAUAAAUCUCAUUACAUUGCCAGUAUAGAACAUACUAACGAUGACGUCAUCAAAACCCGGAUAUCCAAAUCUAGUGGUAGGUUAUGGAUUUCUGGUACAAUGCAACAUUCUCUCAAGCGUAUAUCUAUGCCGAUUCCGGAAGUUUAUCAUCAUCUUGGAGAUAACGACAGUAGACUGAAACAGAGUUACAGAGGAAGUACAAAUUUCUUAUCAAAAGCUGAUAGUUUUGGUGAUCUGAACGGAGACAUAUUUGAUUCUUCGGUAUCCGCUAGAAAGCGGUCUGAUGUCACGGACAGUGAUUGUGAUUCAGUAAACAUCGAUGACGAAGACGUCAUACAUGACGAUGAAAAUAUCAGAAACUUUGACGAUGAGGAAGAUGACGGUGUUUUGGUUUACGAUACACACUUAUGAUAUCCGAAGUUUUUUUCUUACCCCCAAAAAUCCUAUUAUUUUAUGUAUGUUUAAGAAUGUCAUAAUCAUAUAUUUAUAAAAGAAUGUAUUAUGUUUUAUGUUUUCAAAUAAUGUUUUUCCUUCUU